UAUUAACGCUAUUAUCAAUUUUUAAUCUGGUUUUGGGUAAAUUUUGAAAAACUAAUUUUUUUGAUUUAUUUGAAUGACAGUUUUUUAAAUUUCACUUCAGUACAACUUUAUUUGGCAUUGGACAUUUUUCAACAUUUAAAACAAUAUCACACUGGGAAGCCUUAUUUAAAUAUGUCUCGUCGUAUUCUUCUGCUAUUGAUGGUCAUAAAGUUUUUGGGCCCUGGCGAGACAGCAAAAAGACGUUUCAAUUUCCUAAUUCACAAUGUGACCUGUUUGAAAUUUGGUGAUCUGGUUCGGAAAUUGGAAUGUAAUUUUCAAAAACUGGAAACAAAUCGUUACAGUCUCAAUAUGUCGGGGUUUUUGCAACGCCAGCUCUCCAAAGAUGCCGAAUUCCUGGGUAUGAUCCACAUAAAGCCAGCAAAACGUAUGACGCCCAUUAAAUUUGCCGAGGUUCGUUUAAAGAUCUGUGAAACGUUGACAAUGCCAGCCCUGCCCAUACCAAUUGCCAAAACAAUUUUCAAUGAAAUAAUGACAAAGAGCAAUGCACCAUUUUCAUGUCCGAUCAAGGGGACAGCAAAACGGCAUUUCAAUUUUCUAAUUCACAAUGUGACCUGCCUGAAAUUUGGUUCUCUAGUUCGGACAUUCGAAUGUAAUUUUCGAAAAUUGCAAACAAAUCGUUAUAAUGUCAAUAUUUCAGUGGUUCUGGAACGACAACUCUCCAAGGAUGCCGAGUUCCUGGGAGUGAUCCACAUAAAGCCAGCAAAACGUAUUACGCCACUUAAAUUUGCCGAGGUUCGUUUGAAGAUCUGCGAAACGCUGACAAUGCAAGCCCUACCCAUACCAAUUGCCAAGACAAUUUUCAAUGAAAUAAUGACGAAGAGCAACUUUCCAUUUACGUGUCCCAUAAAGGGGAAUGUCUCCUAUAAAAUAACAGAUCUUGAAUUAUCCUCCGAAAUGUUCCCGUCCUACACCAUAAUUGUGGAUUUCAAUUUUACUUUGAAUUUUUAUGACCUUCAAAAGAAAUUUAUUAGCGUUGCGGUGCAGGGAGCCACUGUUCCGAUUAAAGUUUGAAUUCCA